AUGAAGAUACUCACCAAGGAACAGGAGGAUGCACACUACAACGCCGUCCUCAAAGGCGGCUCUGUCGGUGGUGUACUGGGCCUGGCGGCAGGGUAUGCCUCUGUGGCCCUCGCCUCCCGCCGCUGGGCCACCAUUCGCAACCUCACGCUCCCCAUGAAGGCCUUCCUCGUCACCUCCGCCGGCAGUUUCGCCGCCGUCAUCGCGGCCGACGUCAGCUCGCGAGACUUUGAUUACAGCGUGCACCAGGAGAAGCGGCUGAUGAGCGAGCGACAGGCGCGCAUGCGUCAGGAGGAGCGGUCGAAGAUGACGACCAUGGAGCGGGUGCUGGACACGGCGCGCAAGGAGAAAUACAAGAUUAUCGGCCUGACGUGGGCGGCGAGCAUGAUCGGCUCGUUCGCGUUGGUGGGGCGCAAUCCGUACCUGUCGCCGCAGCAGAAGAUUGUGCAGGCUCGUGUGUACGCGCAGGGCUUGACGUUGGCUGUGAUGUGUGCCACGGCAGCGUUUGAGAUUAGCGACCAGCGCAAGGGUCAGGGUGUUUUGGACUCCUUGAAGGCGAAGAAGGAGAGAGAGGCGAGGGAGGCUAGCAAGGUCAAAGAUGGGGAUGACUUGUGGAAGGAUAUGGUUGAUGCGGAAGAGGAUCGGAUCAAGCGCAGGGAAGAAAAGGCCAAAGCUGGACAUUGA